AAGGGAGAGAGGGAGGAGGUUUCAACAAUAGAGCGACUGCACUCCCAGUUCAAGUCAGUUUGGAGCAGGCGCACGAAGAGAAAAGAGCUUUCCUCUAUCAGACACCUACUGAAGCGGGCACCAUCAGACACCUACUGAAGCGGGCACCAUCAGACACCUACUGAAGCGGGCACCAUCAGACACCUACUGAAGCGGGCACCAUCAGACACCUACUGAAGCGGGCACCAUCAGACACCUACUGAAGAGGGUGCCAUCAGACACCUACUGAAGCGGGCACCCUCAUUAUUCCCCAGCCUCCAGAGGGACAGAGCUCGGCCUCGGACUCGACCUCCCCCCUGCAGCAGACCAAGUAAAGAUUUCUGAGCAGCUGUGAUCGUGUGCUGUGGGGUGGUGUGUGCAGUACAGCGACUAGACUGGAUGCCGGUGGACGUGGUGAUUGCACCGCCGCUGUGGACGGACAUGCAUGAGAGCGAGAUGAAGCUGAAGAUCAGGGUGCGCCGCAUCAAAGAGGGACGCGACCUCCGAGGUGCGUUCAGUGCAGGCAUGGGAGAUAGAAGUGGCUUUGCAGCCUUCUCCUCAUGCUUCCCUGAUCUGUGUGAGAGUAAGCAGGCUUCUAUACUCCCCCUAAGCAUCUCCCAGCCCUGUCUACCUGUGGCCAACCUGGGCCCAACUCGCAUUCUGCCUCACCUCUACCUGGGCUCACAGAAAGAUGUCCUCAACAAGGAACUGAUGAUUCAGAAUGGCAUUACCUAUGUCCUCAAUGCAAGCAACACCUGUCCAAAGCCUGACUUUAUAAGUGAGAACCACUUCCUGCGCAUUCCCGUCAAUGACAGCUACUGCGAGAAGCUGCUUCCCUGGCUGGAGAAAACCAAUGAAUUCAUUGACAAAGCCAAAGUAUCAAACUGUAGAGUUAUUGUCCACUGUCUGGCAGGAAUCUCUCGCUCUGCAACUAUUGCCAUUGCUUAUAUUAUGAAAACCAUGGGUUUGUCAUCAGAUGAUGCCUAUAGAUUUGUGAAGGAUCGUCGUCCAUCUAUAUCUCCAAACUUCAACUUCCUAGGACAGUUACUGGAGUUUGAGAAAGAUCUAAGCCUGAAGACACCCUUAACCUGUAGCCCUCUGAGGUCAGCAUCUGACCUUCCUGAGGAGGUUGCAGAGCUUAUAGAUACAGUAGAGCAGAGCACAGAGAAUGACCACCCUCAUCAGACAACACAUGAAACAUGCAUGAUAAAUGUCAAGCCACCCUCACCUACCUCACUGCAGAAAGAACUCAGCAGUCUUCACCUGUCCACAGACCAAAUCAUUCAUAGUAACAAGCUCAAAUGUUCCUUCUCCCUUGACAUCAAAUCUGUCUGCACUUCUAGCCAUCACUGUCAAGGAUCCCCAAGGCUCUCACCAUUAGACUCAGAAAACAUGCCCAAGCUUUUCAAACUUGACAGUCCAAAGAGCCCAAGAAUCGCAUAUCAAUACUCUCCAUCUCCAGACAGGCAAAGUAUGAUUGAGUCAUGUUUGCCCACAGUGAGGGAAUCACAGCUUAGAUGUGAGAGACACAGGCGAGAAACUGGUGGCUUUGGAAGGUUAUCUGCUGCAACCCUCUCCCUUGACCUAAACCGGAACCAGCAACAGUUAGUUGUGCAAGAUCCCAUAUGUGACACCAACGUGCAGACGACAUCUUUCCUCAGCUUGCCCCUGACUACCUCUACUGUCUGGACCAAGCACAGAUGCACAACCAAUGCCACCACACCCAUCACACCCACCGAAGACCACCGGUGGUUCUUUGGCUCAGAACCAGACAUGCCAGGCACAGUCGGUGGGAGUUCGGGGCAAUUUGGUGGAACUCCUGCUUGUGCUAUGCUAGGCCAUGGUGGGCCAGCUGGUGCUCCCACCUCCAGGGCACAUCACCAGGACAAAUGGCAGGAGACACAGGAUCUCCAUGGUGGCUGGCUGACAGAGGGAACAGCAGCAGGGCAUGGAUUGACACAGGCCGAGGCACAGUUCAAACGCCGCAGCUGCCAAAUGGAGUUUGAGGAGGGUGUCGGCAGCACACGUAGCAGCGAGGACUUUGGGUCGCUCGGAAAGCAAUCCAGCUUCUCAGGUAGCAUGGAGGUCAUCGAGGUGUCAUGACAAAGAUGAUCUUGAAAUGACACCGGCUACCCUGACACCCUCAAGACUUCUGUGAGAGAGUGUGAGAAAUGGACUGUUUAUUUAUUACAGAGAUCUAUUUUUGAAAAAGUGCUCCUUCCAUCAUGGUUUUACUACACUAACACAGAGAUAAGGAUGACUGUUCAUGAAACAGAAAGCUGUGUGCAUGCACAUAUGUGUGGCUGUGUUAAGCUCUGCAAAGGAUAGUGGACUCAGGGGCCAGACAACUCUAGAGCUUUUAUGCUCACACUAAUGUUGUGACAUGCAGUAGAAGGCAUAAGUCACUCCAAAGAGCAAAUGUGAACUCAUACAAACAUGUCAUUUUGAGGUACCCUCAAAGGAUUCCCUGUAGGGGAAAUUUAUUUUGCAGCAUGGCUAAUUGAAAAAAAAAAAAAAAACAAAACAAAAAAACAUGCAAAUGCAUUUAUUGACAGUGAUAGAUGUCCUUGAUCAACAUAAAAGCAACUUCAAUUUAAAAAUCUGUAAUAUAUGUAUGUUCCAGACUCUCAUUUCAGAGGGUUCUUUAAUACUUUCAACAGUGUUAUCAACUGCCUCUAUGGUUUUUAUUAGUUUGUGAACAUAGAUGGUGUGUUAAGCAGAGAUGAACUCUCAGACCUACUACUGUGCACUGGGCAUGCUCAGAAAUAGCUGGCUACCUAUAGACAGACAAGCUGCAUCCUAGCAGUACUAAGCUUUAUAUACAUCCAAAAUUAUUUACACACACACACCCUUUUUAGUUUUAAUUUAUUGUAUUGGUUUCAUUCUGGAAAUGAGCAAUAAUAUAAUAUUUGAAGACUUCUUCUUUGUUUCUGUUUGAUUCUAUAAAUAUGACACACACAAACUCCUCCUCUGUUAUUUAUUUAUUUUUAAUGGGAAUUCUUAGCAUGCCUUGAUAUUAACCAGGGUCAAUAUCUGAGCACAGCCUGCAAAGUAUUGUGUGAUCCCACAGGCAUUGUUUUAAAUUACAAAGAAAAUCUAAACAAAGCAUGAACAAUUAUAUAUGUAACAAAUUAGAUGAAUGUGCUCAACACUCGGUUUUCAGUGACUGCUAGUGUGAAAUUUGCUUGGAAUUUUAUAAUAAAUAAAACUUAAGCAACUAAGGACAAAUCAA